UGUCAAACCAAGUGAAUUUUGUGGGCUUUAUAUAGUAAUUUGUGGGCGAUGUUUAACAAAUCCCAAAAAUAAAGUAUUCAUGGUUUCCACUUUCCACUAUUAUCCUUGUCCAAUUGUCCAUGUUAUUGAAAUCCCAAGCCGAUGAACAACUAAAAGGAAAGGAUGCUAAAAUAGGGCCAUUUUGUAAUUUUUAAAGAAAUUACCAUUGAAAACUUAGUUAUUUUUUAUUUAUUUUUUUUUUUAAAAAAAAAAAAAAAAAAAAAAAAAAAAAAAAAAAAAAAACUCUAAACAAGUAAAUCAAUUGAGAACCAUGAGUUAACAAAGUCGUCUAUCUAUCUACAUGUUUUGUCAUAACUCAUACGAAGUAAGUCACAAAAUACUUGCAAUUACUCUACUUUUAUUCCCUUCACUUUUUUUUGUUUUUUUUUUAAAAGGGCCAGAAAUACGUUGUAUCUCCUUCACUUGAAAUUACAUGACAGAAAAAAACACACACAGCUCAAACUAAGAAGAAGAUAAUGGGUGGUAGACCAACAAGUUUAGCCUCUAAUUCUGACACUUUAAACUUUGCUUCACCAACGACUUCUUCUUCUUCUGUUGAUUCUGUUUUCGGUUCGGUUCCUACUCGACUCGAAGUUGAAUAUGCAAUUACAGCCUUUCAAAGUUUCAUGAUGCAAGGGCUUUCUUCAUCGAUGUCGAUAUUAGAUCGUCUUCAGCCUAUCUUGAACCAUGAUCAACUGCAGUCUACUGGAUUUCAGAGGGUUUAUGAUGCCUUUCUCUUACUACAGACAGUUCCAUAUGUUCAAAGAAUGGUGGUUUCGAUAUCAUCUGAUAAAGCUGUGUGGGAUGCUGUAAUAAACAAUAACGAAGUUCAGGAGUUCCGUCAGUCAGUCAAUCAAGCAAAAUCAAGCAGACAUCAGAGGUCUGAUGAAGAACCUGCCUUGGUUUCAAUGAUUUUAAAGUGGAUUUUGGACAACAUGAAGCUAAAAGUUUUGCAACUGAUUGAGUCGUUGAAGUCUGUAGUCAGCAAGAGCUUCGAGUCUUCCCAAAACAAGAACACAACAAACCCUGAAUUGAAACAUGGGUUCGAGGAGAUGAUUGUUUCGACUGUACUUCUCUCUACCAUUACUCUCAUGAUUGUGCUUGUAACUCGUGCCUAUGGAGCAUAAUCGUGAUUAACCCUGGUUAGUUUGGGCUUAUUAACAUGUGCAUAUUUUAAGUAUUGUAAUCAACCUAUUCAAGCCUCUUGAAAAAUCUGCAUAGAUCUUGGCUCCCCGGCUCUUAAAAAUAAUUCCGGUUGAUUGCUUAACCAUUAGGCACCUAACAAAGGCGAAGAUUGGAUAGUACCCUGAACCCAAGUUUUUGCUCAUUAUGUUACUUUAGGUAAUCCGGUAACCUAUAGUUUCCUAACUAAUUAGGCAUAUAAUUUUUCGUCGAAUAAUGCUAUGGGAAUUAUCUGUAGUAGUCUGUAUAAAACCUUGUAAAAUUGCAUACAGUUUAGUUAACAAGUAAAGUGCGUCAAGAAGUAAAAAAAAAAAAAGUUGUAAAUCAAUGUCUUGCAGUUACUGUCUGUUGUCUGAAUUCGAAUCACUGAAUGCCUUUUGCAAUGAUCUAGAAUCACAGAUCAGUAAAGCUUAAUGUACAUUGUUUAAUCAGAUGGCUCAAUAGAGUAUAAAUCCAAUCGACGACUUGACAUGAGUACAUGACUGUAAGUCGACACAAUUGCAACUUGCCAAUUCAAAACACCGCCUCCUAGACUUCUGAUUUACGGCCUCUUAGUCAGUAAUCAGGUCUCAUGGUGCAACAGCAUCAGGGGAAAGGCAGAGCUAGUAUUUGGCUAUUUGGGACAACAGUACAAGAUAUAAAUGGGUUGACUGAAGAAUGAAAACAUAAAAGAACUCUCUUCGUCUCAAAUUAGUACUAGGGUUAGGAAUAAGUUAUAUUUUGAGACAAUUAUGGCAGAUAACUAUAUUCCAUCAAAAUUCUCACAAACUAGUUUGCUUAUAUUCUAUUUUUGGCAGAAAUGAAAGCAGCUGAGUAGACCUGUGUAACGGUGUAUGACCGAUCUUACACUCAUUUUAAUGUAAGACGUUUAAAAUUAACCCCGAAAAAGAUAGAAUCCAGAAAACAUCUCCCUCUACCUGUCUCAUAAUACACACUCUGUACUAAAUUAAGCACAAAUUCACCACCUUUCCUCAGCAUUUUCACCUUUUCUCUCUUUCUACGAAGGGUCGUGGAAUCAGACGUGGUUAGACUGAUUUCCAUAGCCUACUUCCUCACAAGCUUCCUCGUCGUAUAAAAAAUUGGUACGGAGUACUUGUGAUGGCAAAUCAAAUUUCUUUCUUUUCGUCAUGAUGCAUAAGGAUGCUUUAAGCCGAAAGCUACUAAACCCAACUUCAUUAAAAUAAUCAGCUGCUUUAACUUUUGCGUUUGGAAAAUUUAUACUUUCAUAUUUUCUGAAUGAAUCCAUUAAACAAUUCGAUAUUUUCGAUUUAUAUACCAGCCAUUAUGGUAUAGACUAAGGAACAAGGAUACAAAAAACUAAGAAAUAAGAAAUUUCUCCUCUCUAUAUACUUCACUGAAUACACAAAUUGCCCGUUACAAAUAUGUCAAUCUUCUCCAAAAUUUUUACAUUUUCUGUUAUCUCAAAAGAUAAAAUGGAACAAGAAACUGGUAAAACAAAUUCUAAUUCGUCUUUAACAUCAACUGUAGCUAACAGAAAUGAGAUUGAAGGUCAAAUAUCAACUGAUAAGUUUUGUAUCAAUUCUGUUUUUGGGUCCGUUCCCACUCGAGCUGAGGCUGAUUACUCCAUGACAGCCAUCCAAAGUUUUAUGAACCUUGAAUGUCCAAGAAUGUUGGUGGAGAAUCCUGAAUUUCAACUGGUAAAUGCUGCUUUCCAGUUCAUGAAAACACCAGUGGUUCAGGAAAUGGUAAAAUCAGUAAUGUGUGACACAGGCAUCAUUACUGCUAUGUUGAAUAACAGCGCGGUUCAGGGGUUCUUAAGAUCUCUAAUGCUAGGUAAUACAGCGAUAAGGUUAACAAACGGCACCACUAACACAGCUGCAGCACUAGCAGCAGACAACUCUCAGAGCGAACACAGUUUGGUUUCAAUGGUUUUGAGCUGGCUGUUGAAGAACAUUGGGAGUGGACUUCAAGGAAUUUUUGGUACUCUAAGGUUACUAGUUGAUAAUACUAUAGAGUCCCUUCAAACUGAGAACAUAGGCUCUGGUUCCAAUCCCGGGAAAGUCAUUCACUUGACUCUGUUUCUCUCUGUCAUCAAUCUCUCGAUUGUGUUUGUGAGGCGCGCCUUAAAUCAAAGGGUUAUGGUUUAACGGUUUUCAGAUGUACAAGUGUACAACAGUGUUGUGUCCAUUUGAUGAUUCACAUUUUUCCUUUGAUUACUGGUUUGUGUCCUCAAGAACUAUAGCAGUAUUAUCACAAUAAUGUACCCUCCCAAGUAGUAUCACUGUUUUAUUAAUGGUUUGUUGCAUAAACUGGUAAGUUUCUUACACUGUAAUAGAGAAGCUUACUGGCUUUCUCAAAGUUUUAGUGUGGUUUCUUUUUAUAUUACGCAGUAUAAAAAUUCUACCAGUAGUCGUUUAAUUAUGAAA